AUAUACUUAAGUCUAAUAUUUGUAUGUCCAGGGCCGAUGGAGCCAGCGAUGCCUCGUCGCAAGAAGUACCCGGGGGUGGCGUACAAGACGAACGAGCUGUUCGACCCCGCGCCUGCUGACGACAUCCGGCCGCAGCAGACCUCGGCUUUCGACAGGGCCAGGAGCGCGCAGAGGAAUGACGCGGACCGCGCCGGGCGGCGCAGCAAGUCGGAGGGCCCGCGCCAGCCGAGGUGGACUGACACCGUCGAGCCAAAGGCUACAACAGCGUUGGGAGACGUGAUAGCAGCCAAGGAACCAGAAGUGGUGAGCACGGAGUACCGGAACCAGUUCGCGUGGCCCAAGGACACCACCGACUCCGUGCCCCGGAAGAGCAUCUCCAUGGGAGCCCUGAAGAAGGCGGCCGUGGCUGAAGGGUUAGUUGAAGCGGAGCCGCUGAUGAACCACGUGGAUGGAGACCACGACGACCACAAGCGGUACAUCGAGGACUACCUCUGGAACGGGCAGAAGCCAGGAGUGCAGAGAAAAUCGACGUUCCGUAACGCGCUUUCGGCCCUCAUAUCCAACGGGGAGGAUCGUUCCAAAGAUAAUAGGAAACGUUACAAAAGCGAGUACAAAAAGAAAUUUAGACCGUUCUCUCAAUACGUGUACGAGGCGUCUAAAGGGACAUUUACGAAAUGCAGGGGGAAAGGGAAGUCGAAUGAGGAGGCGAGCGAGAGGAUGCUGGGGGAUGCGGGGCAGGGGGUCGCGGGGGCGAGUACGGGGGCAGGGGGGGCCGCGGGGGCAGUAGAGGCGGGGGAGGACAGCGCCAACACGCUGCGGGCGGCCGGCCUGCAGCCGCUCGGCCUGGCCCAGGGCGACUCCUGGUACCGCGAGGUGCUGGACCUCCGCAAGCGCGCCGGCGAGUACAAGUACCGCGGCUGGGGGACUGAAAUGGCGCCAGAACACAUCACACAGCUUUACAAUAAGCAGAUCGAACUCUGGUACCAAGUGUCCCGACGAUCCUCGCUGUCGGCAUUAUCACUAGCUUCCACCAAUCACAAGGCACUGCCUCGCGACGAGAAGGAUGGAAAGGAAUCGAAGGGGCAUUCUCCGAAGAAGUUCAGGUCGUUCCGGUCGGCGCCUCACCAGUCGAUCCAUGCCAAGCUGCAGGAGACCAAGGCACUGGAGAGGUCUCCUCACAAGACCUCGCCACAGAAGCAGAGGAAGAAGCUGCAAGGACACAGCUUCGAUGAAGGUGCUACUCAGGAUGGAGCGAAGUCGGGCGACAACGCAGCAUUCAGGUCUCCCCGGCGGCGGCCGCGCUCGGCCGACCCCGCGCCCGCCGCCGCGCACGUCAAGCUGCUCGCCAACGGGCACGAGCCGCAUCCCGCGCCCAUCAAGCCCACGGGUUUGCCGUUGAGUAGAGGGAGUAGUAAUAGAGUUAGGUCGACAUCAAGAGGGGGACGGUCGCCGUCGGCGCCAAGCAAAACAGGGGCUACAGGGGCUACAGGGGCCACAGGGGCUACAAUACCUAACGGGGCUCCAGGCAGGGGCCGCCGCAGUCGGAGCGUAUCCAAAGUCGGCAUAAAGUUGGACGACGAGUUUUCAUCGCACCGCAGCGCUUCGGUCGCGAAGGAUCAUUUCUUCGAUGACUCCCCAGUGGUCAAGUCGCCCCCUGAACCGACCAGGGUCAAAUCCCCUGAGCAAAUGAACAUGAGGUCUCCCGACCCUGUCAACUGGACGGUGCCCCUCGACACAGGGAAGACCUUCACGGUCACCCAGAAUGUGAAAAGCGAUGAGAGCAUUAAGCGCCCUAGCUCUGAGUUUAAGGGUGGCUCCGUAGCCGAAGAAGCCUCCGUGAAGCCGGCAGAAAUCGCUCCAAUCCAUCAUCAGCAAAUGUCGCCAAUACGUUCGCUGAAAAAGAGCGAGUCCCCAACGAGCCUGAGCAAGCGCACAGACAAGACUCCCACGACCCCCAUCAGCUUGACCCCCAUCGACGAAACCAAAGCCUUAGAUAUGAACAAAGUCAAUGGAAUUAACGGCGUGAAUGGUGUUAACGGUGUGAACGGCGUGAACGGCGUUAAUAGCAAUGAUAUUACGCCUGAAACUCCUACUGAGGAGCCGCUUAAGGAGAAGGAGGUCAUUAAAAAGUCGACUGAGGCUACUCAGAUAGCCCCCGGUGUGGUCGACACUAACGUGGUGAAUGAGAGCCCGACUGGCGGGCUGACCGCGUCCGAGAUACUGGACAGGGCCCGCACGAGGUUCGACAAGUUCUGGGGAAAGAAGGAAGAGGACAACGUCUAGUUGUUAACCUCUUAGUUUCACUUUCACUCAAAAUUGUGACAGUGUUCAAACAAAAUUGAAAAUUUAGAACUCAUAAUUCGAUGACAAAUUCUUGAUGAAAAAAGUUCAGUGUUUUCCGAAAAUUUUGUUAAGCUGUCACAAUUUCCAGUCGGUAAAGUCGAAAGUUCAAUAAAAGUAGGGAAAAAAUUAAAAGCUGUGUUUAAAUCUGAAAAAAUAUGAAAAAAAGCUUCGCUUUAUAACGACGACUGUAUUAUUAUGUAUUUACUAUUAUUUAAUAUUUUAUUAUCAUUAAAUCACUGUCUAUUAAAUAGGAGUGUGGUGGCUUGUGAUAGUAGUAACGAUGAUGAAUAGUUAUUAAUUAAUGUAUUUAUUUAUUAUGAAAAAUCAUUUAAUUUAUUAUAUCUACGUAUGACCGAUUUUCGAUCUAAAUACUUUUAGAAUAAGACCCAAAAUAAUCUUGUUGAAUCUUAUGAAACUCGGUACACUUUCUUUCCAUUUGCUGUCUUGUUUUACUUGAUGUAUUUUAAUGAAAUUGUUAAUGUGUAGGUAAAUAUUAAUUAACGUUAAAUUUAAAACAUAUAAUUAUUCCUGAGAUUAUUUGAUAAAUAUGUAUGGUUUCUACAGCUUGUCAUGCGAAAAUUAGCCCCAAUGUCUGAGACCUGAAGAGUACAUAUUACUUUUGCUUUAAUUAUAAUUAAACAUUCCAAACCAAAUAAUUUACAUCCUAUGUAAAAAAAUACGUUCAAAAAUAAAAUAGGAAUAUUUUGUCAAGUACACUACAAUUAAUGACAUUUCAGAAAAGGAAUGCAAUUAAUGUGAUUUCUUAAUAAAAUAAAUUAUCAAAGGCAGUAAAGUAUACAUAACAUAAUUGAAAGCCGUCCAAUGUAGUGUUUAUUGGCAAAUACUAAAUUUAGUUGCCAUUGCAGUUUUCGAAUUAGAAGUUUCGAACGCAUCUUGACUUCAGCCAAUCAAAUUGCUUGUCAUAAAUGUCAUUCGACUUAGGCGGGAAACUAUAUAAUUAAAUAAAAGCUAGUUGAAUAUUACUAAACAAAUUAUAUAAAAUGGAAAUAUCGCGAAAGUCCUGUCGUCUUUGUUUAUCGGAGACUGAAUUCAACGUAUCUUUAUAUGGUAAUUAUGGCAGAAGAACAAACAUAGUAGACAAAGUAUUAGUUUGUCUGAAACUAGUAAUCGAAGAGAGCGACUAUUUGAACACAAUUUGCUACAGAUGCGCCGAUAACGUCGAAAGGUAUUACGAUUUUGUUAUGUUUAUAAAGAAAUCACAAACGAAAAUGGUCGAACCGAAGCGAACAAUGGAAAAUUCAGUUAAUCGUCGACUGAUCGCGUCAUACGUCAGAGAGCAAGUGUAUGACGCCGACUAUACGUUCUCGUUCCUCGAUAUGCCUAACAACGAGGAGAAGCAGGAGCCAGGGGCAUCUAGUCCGUUCUUUUCAUAUUUUUCGCCACCAAAUAUGUUGGUGAAGCGCGCUAGCGAGGAGCCGGUGUGGAAAACACCUAAGCCGCGUAGGGAGGAUCUCGACAAGCGUGAGUUGAGACGGGAGGACAAGGUGAAGAGACAAUACGGGCCCGAGAGGCCGCGCCACCACUCCAGAGACUUGUUUGAUUCCCAAUCGCAAGAUGUAGAUGAGUCGGAACUAAAACCUUUAGACUGGAAACUGACACCAGAUGAGAAUAUCAUGAAACGGGUCAGGGAUAAAUGUUUUGGUCGGUCUGAUUUUUAGUUUAUUGUGUUUUGACCUAUAUUACACUUAAUUAUAUAUGUGGUAAGGUAGAUAUUUAAUUGAGCGUCAUAUUCUUAUUGUAAUACUUUCAUUUAGAAGCCUUUAUUAUAUAUAGGUUUAAUACAGAACAAAUUCCAAUUGUAUGACUUCAUAUUGUGUCAUAACUAUUUUUACAUUAAAAAUAUGAUAUUGACAGUGGGAAGUCACAACUUUAAUUACAUAUUGGCAAGCAUUCUUAUGGAUUUUCCAUAGAAAUAACUUAAAAGUUAAAAUAUGAAAUUUGUCUUUAUAUGUAAUAUUUAUUUGUUUCAAAAAUUACUAUGAAUUGUUUAAAAGUGAAUGAAUAAUUAUUUAAAGAGUUUAGUGUAACCGAAAAAUAAACAAGUUAACUAUUAAUGAAAUGGUUAAAACCAAGAUUAAAAUUAAAUAUAACUUUUUACCAUCUACGCUUAACAUAAAAUUUAACUUGUCUAUUUCACGUCACUACUACAGCAAUUCUGCAUCUUAUUUUACUAAGAAUUUUCUUUUUAAUUUAAAUGUUUUAAAAAACAAAGUGUAAUAUAGGAUAGAGUUAUUUGCAAUUCAAUUGUUGUUUGUUAUAUUAAUUUAUUAGAUAUUUUUGACAUAAAUACUUUUAAAAUAAAGUUUAUAUUUUAUUUAAUAUUGAUUUCAGUGGACACCGUAGAGACAGGGUACUUAGAACUCUUGAUUUUGAUUAAUGGACUUGUUGUUUGUGACUUCUAAAAAUAUUGCUUGGGCUGACUGUAACUAAAUUUCUUUGAAAGCUGUAAAAAAUAAUUAAAAGCAAAGAAUAAGCUUUUUAUUAUGAUUAUAAAGCUUAAGUGUGGACAGCCUAUAAAAAUGAUGGCUUUACUUUUACAUUUCAUCAGACCUAAAUUUCAUUUUAUUUUUCUUUAGUUCUCUUAUCAACUCAGUCUAAGCAAUUUUAAAUUUAUUUAAUCUUCUCAUUGAAAGGAACAAGGCCACGAAAUGUCAGGAACUGCCCACUGAUUUGCUAGCUCAUACAAAAAUGUAUGGAUUUGUAUGUAAUAGGAAUUAUUGAGACAAGCAUUGUUUUGUAAGACAUGUAAUCAAUUGUGUAGAAUGUUUAUAAAGUAUAUUUUUAAUUUAGUUCCUAUCGAAGUCCAUUCGCAUCCUUCCAUGUAAUAAAAUAGUUUGUUCAGAAAUGUUAUUUUUUAAAGCUUUGUUCUCCUAAGUUUAUGGUCAGGAACUUUAAAGGUGAUUAAUCAUUAAUAUGUAUCUACAAAUAGCUACAAAUUGCAUUUAUGUCUUACUUCAUAUACACUUGGUUGUCCAAUGAUGUGCAUAUGAUGAAAUAUAUUCAAUACUGAUUCAAAAAGCCAAUUCUGAUGACCUACCCCCAAAGUAGGCAUUUAAUAUGAUAAAUGUAUCAGUGUGUAGUGGAAGUGAGACAACAUACUACACAGGCUGUAGCGCCGUCUCCUUCUGCAUGCAAUACUUAUUUUUGAGAGGUGGUGGAAGUUGGUGCCACCUGAGCAAAGGUACUUUACUAUUUUGACAUUAACAAGAAAUACUGAAAACUAAAGCCUUUUCCUGACCAUAAAUGAGGGUAAUCAUCAAUUUUACUGUAAUCUAGAUCUAUGUACCAUAAGUAUAUGUAAUAAUGGUCUGAUAAUCCUAGAUUGUUUUUGUUAUAGAUGUUUAUUUAAGAAUCCAAUGGUAUUACUAACUUAUGAGCAAGCCUAUUGAUUCAACAUUAUUUUAUACUAGAUUGCCUGAGAAAGUUGAAUGACUACGGUAUAGGGAUAUAAUAAUGUUAUAUCAAAGAGGUUUGCUUAUUAAAGAUUUUAAGAUCCCAAUGUUUGUAUCAUGAACUCUCAAAAAAGGCCUAUAGCCGUUGUGUAAGAAAGACGCACUCAUUAGAAUUGAGUUAGGCAUCUCACACAAUUUUUAUAGUCCUGAUUUAAGAGAUUAUGGUUAUAGACCAGGUCACUUGUUUUGAAUUCAAUGUUGUUUAGUAACUCACGUUGUUUUUAUGUAAGUUCCUAUAGUCUAUUGUUUUCGCACAAAUGUUCAGUUUUUCUGUGGUGAAUGUAAGAGCCCUGCCCAGUAAGAGUUUAGUAAUAAUACUCCCUCAAUAGCAGAUAAUAAUUACAAAAUUUUUAGCUUUGCUACGGGUUUAUAAUAGCGUGUGUUAAUUUUCAGUUGUUAACAUCAAAUGGACACCUAAAUAAAAUAUUGAAAAUGA